ACAUUUAGGGAAGGCAGAAAGUAGGUCAGGGACGGAGGUGCCUGUUUACCCGCGCCGGACUCACCGCCGCCGCCGCCGCGGGAUCUGAGUGGGGGCGCGGGCGCGGGAGCUCCCGCCGAGCCACGGUGGUGUUGGCUAGAGUGCAUGCUUUUGGACCCAACCUUGGCUUUUCAAAUGUGGAAUCCUAGGCCUUCACUGGAAACGUCUCCUGUCAGAUUCCUUCGCGUGUUUGCAGUUGCGUGUCACAGGCGGCCGAGGGCUGGGGCUGGGGUCCGCCGCCGUGACUCCCGUGGUUUCUAGAAGAAGUUGACUGCCUGAAAGGAAACUACAAAACAUGAACGUCGCUUUGAGGUGACCAGCAGGUCCAGUGGCCCCUUGCUCCUCCCCAGGUGGAUCUGAGGCUUAAGAACUGUAACUCAGAUGAAGAAACUCGGGCCCAGAGCGAGGGAGUGAGCGCCCCGUCACAUCGCGUGGAGCGCAGGCCCUGACGCGGGCAGUGCGCAGCCCUCUUCAACUUGCACUUGGAGUCCCUGGCGAGACCUCCAAUGGCGGACCAGAGAAUGGACAUUUCUUCAACAAUCAGUGAUUUCAUGUCCCCGGGCGCCACCGACCUCCUUUCCAGCCCCCUGGGCACCAGUGGCAUGGAUUGCAACCGCAAACGGAAAGGCAGCUCCACCGACUACCAACUUGAUGACUUUUCUUUUGAAGAAAGCAUGGACACAGACAAAGACGACCCUCAUGGAAGGUUAGAGUACACAGAGCACCAAGGAAGGAUCAAAAACGCCAGGGAAGCUCACAGUCAGAUUGAAAAGAGGCGUCGGGAUAAAAUGAACAGUUUUAUUGAUGAAUUGGCUUCAUUGGUACCAACGUGCAACGCAAUGUCCAGGAAAUUAGAUAAACUUACUGUGCUGAGGAUGGCCGUUCAGCACAUGAAGACGUUACGAGGUGCCACCAAUCCAUACACAGAAGCAAACUACAAACCAACUUUUCUGUCAGAUGAUGAACUGAAACACCUCAUUCUCAGGGCAGCAGAUGGAUUUUUGUUUGUCGUAGGAUGUGACCGAGGGAAGAUCCUCUUUGUCUCGGAGUCUGUCUUCAAGAUCCUCAACUACAGCCAGAAUGAUCUGAUUGGUCAGAGUCUGUUUGACUACCUGCAUCCUAAAGACAUCGCCAAAGUCAAGGAGCAGCUCUCCUCCUCGGACACCGCGCCGCGGGAGCGGCUCAUAGACGCAAAAACUGGACUUCCAGUUAAAACAGAUAUAACCCCUGGGCCAUCUCGAUUAUGUUCUGGAGCACGACGUUCUUUCUUCUGUAGGAUGAAGUGUAACAGGCCUUCAGUAAAGGUUGAAGACAAGGAUUUCCCCUCCACCUGCUCAAAGAAAAAAGCAGAUCGAAAAAGCUUCUGCACAAUCCACAGCACAGGCUAUUUGAAAAGCUGGCCACCCACAAAGAUGGGGCUGGAUGAAGACAACGAACCAGACAAUGAGGGGUGUAAUCUCAGCUGCCUUGUUGCAAUCGGACGACUGCAUUCUCAUGUGGUUCCACAGCCGGUGAACGGGGAAAUCAGGGUGAAAUCCAUGGAAUAUGUCUCUCGACAUGCGAUAGAUGGCAAAUUUGUUUUUGUGGACCAGAGGGCAACAGCUAUUUUGGCAUAUUUACCACAAGAACUUCUAGGCACAUCAUGUUAUGAAUAUUUUCACCAAGAUGACAUAGGACAUCUUGCAGAAUGUCACAGGCAAGUUUUACAGACGAGAGAAAAGAUUACAACUAAUUGCUAUAAGUUUAAAAUCAAAGAUGGUUCUUUCAUCACGCUACGGAGUCGAUGGUUCAGUUUCAUGAACCCUUGGACCAAGGAAGUAGAAUACAUUGUCUCAACCAACACUGUUGUUUUAGCCAACGUCCUGGAAGGCGGGGACCCAACCUUCCCGCAGCUCACAGCGUCCCCCCACAGCAUGGACAGCAUGCUGCCCUCUGGAGAAGGUGGCCCAAAGAGGACUCACCCCACUGUUCCAGGGAUUCCAGGGGGAACCAGGGCUGGGGCAGGAAAAAUAGGUCGAAUGAUUGCUGAGGAAGUCAUGGAAAUCCACAGGAUAAGAGGGUCAUCGCCUUCCAGCUGUGGCUCCAGUCCAUUGAACAUCACAAGUACACCUCCCCCUGAUGCCUCUUCUCCAGGAGGCAAGAAGAUUUUAAAUGGAGGGACUCCAGACAUUCCUUCCAGUGGCUUACCACCAGGGCAGGCUCAGGAGAACCCAGGCUAUCCGUAUUCUGAUAGUUCUUCUAUUCUUGGUGAGAACCCUCACAUAGGCAUAGACAUGAUAGACAACGAUCAAGGCUCAAGUAGUCCCAGUAAUGAUGAAGCAGCAAUGGCUGUCAUAAUGAGCCUCUUGGAAGCAGAUGCUGGGCUGGGUGGCCCUGUUGACUUUAGCGACUUGCCAUGGCCGCUGUAAACACUACAUGUUGCUUUAGCAACAGCUACAGUAUCAAAGUGCAUUACUGGUGGAGUUUUACAGUCUGUGAAGCUUACUGGAUAAGGAGAGAACAGCUUUUAUGUACUGUCUUCAUAAAAGCCAUCUCAGAGCCAUUGAUACAAGUCAAUCUUACUAUGUGUAACUUCAGACAAAGUGGAACUAAGCCUGCUCCAGUGUUUCCUCAUCAUUGAUUAUUGGGCUAGCUGUGGAUAGCUUGCAUUAAUUGUAUAUUUUGGAUUCUGUUUGUGUUGAAUUUUUUAAUCAUUGUGCACAGAAGCAUCAUUGGUAGCUUUUAUAUGCAAAUGGUCAUUUCAGAUGUAUGGUGUUUUUACACUACAAAGAAGUCCCCCAUGUGGAUAUUUCUUAUACUAAUUGUAUCAUAAAGCCGUUUAUUCUUCCUUGUAAGAAUCCUUUACUAUAAAUAUGGGUUAAAGUAUAAUGUAUUAGACAGUUAAAAUAUUUUUAAUAAAUGUUUCCCUUGUUCUAUA